UUCUAGGAGCGGGUGGAGAAGUCAUGGACCGCAACCCUUCGCCGCCGCUGCCGAAUCGGGACCAGGACGAGGAGGAGGGGGCCGGGGGUGACUGCAUAGGAAGCACGGUCUACAGCAAACACUGGCUCUUCGGCGUCCUCAGCGGGCUCAUCCAGAUUGUUAGCCCUGAAAACACCAAAUCCAGCUCAGAUGAGGAGGAGCAGCAGAUGGAGCUUGAUGAAGAAAUGGAGAAUGAAAUUUGCAGAGUGUGGGAUAUGUCAAUGGACGAGGAUGUGGCUCUAUUUCUCCAAGAAUUUAAUGCUCCUGACAUAUUUAUGGGAGUAUUGGCCAAAUCCAAAUGUCCUCGAUUAAGAGAAAUCUGUGUGGGAAUUUUAGGUAAUAUGGCCUGUUUCCAGGAGAUAUGUGUGUCCAUCAGCAGUGAUAAAAAUCUUGGACAGGUGUUAUUGCACUGUUUGUAUGAUUCAGACCCUCCUACUCUUCUGGAAACGAGCCGGUUGUUGCUUACUUGUCUUUCCCAGACAGAAGUAGCCAGUGUCUGGGUUGAAAGAAUCCGGGAAUAUCCAGCUAUUUAUGAUAGCAUUUGUUUCAUUAUGUCAAGUUCAACAAAUGUUGACUUGCUGGUCAAGGUGGGGGAGGUUGUGGACAAGCUUUUUGAUUUGGAUGAGAAGUUAAUGUUGGAAUGGAUUAGAAAUGGGGCUGUUCAGCCUCUGGACCCACCCCAGGAAGAUUCUGAAGAGCAGCCAGUGUUUAAGAUUGUGCCCUGUGUACUUGAAGCUUCAAAACAAGUACGUUCGGAAAAUCCAGAAGGGCUCGAUGUUUACAUGCAUAUCUUACAGCUGCUUACCACAGUGGACGAUGGAAUUCAAGCAAUUGUACAGUGUCCUGAUACUGGAAAAGACACUUGGAAUUUACUUUUUGACCUGGUCUGCCAUGAAUUUUGCCAGUCUGAUGAUCCACCCAUCAUACUUCAAGAACAGAAAACAGUGCUAGCUUCUGUUUAUUCAGUGUUGUCUGCCAUUUAUGCGUCACAGACUGAACAGGAGUAUCUAAAGAUAGAAGAAGAUCUUCCUCUAAUUGACAGCCUGAUUCGUGUCUUACAAAACAUGGAACAUUGUCAGAAGAAACCAGAGAACUCGGCAGAUUCUAACAUGGAAGAAACGAAAAAGUCUGACUUAAUCCAAGAUGAUUUCCACUUGAAAAUCUUAAAGGAUAUUUCAUGUGAAUUUCUUUCUAAUAUUUUUCAGGUUUUAACAAAGGAGACUGUGGCUCAGGGACUAAAAGAGGGCCAGUUAAGCAAACAGAAGUGUUCCUGUGCAUUUGAAAACCUUCUUCCUUUUUAUAGUCCGGUGAUAGGAGACUUUCUCAAAAUUCUACAUGAAGUUGAUAAAACUCUUGCUGAUGACCUGGAGGAAAGAUUCCCAAGUUUGAAGGCUCAGACUUAAAACACUGAAUUGGAGUUUCCUCUGCCCAAUAAAUGAACUUUACUUUCUGCACUGACAGUUGAGAUUGACAUAUAGGAGAUGUUAGGUAAAGCCUAUUGGACCCUCAUUGUCUGGCAUUACACCCAUACAUACCUUCUCCCUGCCCCAGUCUCCUCUCACUUUCAUUUGGCAUUGGAAUCUGGAGUUUCCGCUGCUGUCAUUCCACCCCCCCACACACACUUUUUUUUGUAUGAUUUUGUGUUAGUUGUCCUCUUUAGGUAAAGAAAACAAAAAUACAAGCUUAUUAUUGAAGUUCUUUCUAGGUUGAGGACUUGGUAAGGAUUUUCUUCAUACCUCUUAAUUUGAUUUUUACGUGAGAAUUUUGUAUUUGUUUCCACUGCAAGCACAUUCAGCUGCACUAGUAGAAAACCCUACUCCAAGAGCUUAAUCCGAUAGCUUUUAUGUAUCUAAUGCAAUAAGAAAUCCAGGGGUGGGCAGUCUAGACCUGAUUUGUUGACUCAGGGAUCCUGAUUCCUUUUACCACUCCAUGUGGAUGUGGUCUGCGUGUAGACCUUUGUGUUCAUAUUUAUUGUCUUGUGGUUAAAGGGGCUGUAACAUCUCUGGACCUUCCAUCCACAUUCAGGCAGGAAAAAGGAGAAAGAGGUAAAGGGGCUUUGUCAUUGGAAGUCUUUACCUUCAUAUUUGUAAAGGACAGCCCUCACUGCCCAGACCUGUGCUGAUGGCCAUCUCUAACUGCAGCUAUUUGAAAUCAAGUCUUUUUUUUUUUUCUUUCUAGGGUCUAUAAGAGAGAAAGGCACAAAGAGAAGGGAGUUGUGAAAGGCUUUUUGAUAGUCUGUGAUGUUUGCUACAGUAUGCAAGCACAUCUUAGCCUUUUGUGAUUAUUGUGUCGAUGGUAUGCCAGAUUGUCAGUAACAUCUCAAAAGCAGUUUUUAGUUUAGCUUUGUUACAGUUUAAUUUUUUUUUACCGUUGUAAGUAUGAAGAUAUGAAGAUAGAAAUGUCACAUUUUGAUGAAAGCACAUUAGCAAAUUCUCUAUUUUCAGCGUAAUUCCAGUGGUUGAAUUUCAGAAAAUGAUUUGAGUGAAUUCAGAUUUUUUAAAAUUAAGAUGGAGGGAGUUUAAGAACUUCAGACUCUAUAUGCAAACUGCUAUACGUGAUUUCCCUCACAUAUACUUUUAUCCUUCUGUAUAGUGCUUCAGAAUGAGAUCUGUGCAGAGAGUCAGCCAGGUGUUCUUAGGGAAGCGGUUUGCAUUAUUUAGUUACUAAAAGGAGAGUUUUUAAUAGAUUUUAAGAAAAUAGCAGUUACGAAUAACAAAGCUAGCUUUUUACCAGUCUUCAAGUAGUCUUCUGGGUUAUUUACGCCGAUGUGACUGUUAAUCUAGUUUUGUUUGUGGGAUGAGGUGAACUUCGGAUCCUCUUACUCUAUCUUUCCAGCCUCCUUCUUUCCUUAAAAAGCAAAGCCAGCUUCUUAAACCCCUCUUCUGGCAUACAGCCCCUUCUCAAUUUGUUGUAGAAUGUUUCUAGCUUUAAAGCAUUGGUCUUGGGCGCCUGGGUGGCUCAGUCGGUUCAGCGACUGCCUUCGGCUCAGGUCAUGAUCCCGGAGUCCUGGG